AGAAAUAGUGUCGAAGUUUUCGUGUCCCAGCAUUUGUAUCGAGACGUAAAUUCAUUUCUGGUGGUGAUUAGUUAUCGGCUUCCAGCGUCAACAAUAAGUUCCAAAGCCAAUCGCCGUGCUCUUUCAAAUCCUGUUCCAUGUCAUGGCCAAUAAGGCGGCCGUGCCCAAAGUUAUCAACAAUACUCAACAAAGAAAAAUCAUCGUUUCCCUCUUGAUGCUUGCUUCCGACUGCGCACAACAGGGAAACUUCCCUACGGCCACACUCAUAUUCGGUGUAUCCCAUGAAAUGGACAAGAAAUGCUUCUUGCAAAUCCAUGAAUAGUCCCUGUCCCCGAUGCAAGUCGGUCUUCAAAAAGCCUGGAUGUGUGGUGAUAAUUGGAAUGUUGAAUUUCGUGCCAUCAGAGUUCCCAUCGUCCUUUUCUACCAAUUUGUGGAGCAUGAGUUCGUUGCCAAUCGCGAAGUUUAAAAUGUUUUUGAAAUGAAUGUAUGGCAAGGAAUGAACUAAUUCUCGGUUGAAUCGAAGAGGCAACGAGCCUCCCGCAGCUAAUACAUUUAAAAUCAUGGGCGAUUCGACCCUCAUUGGGUCUGUAUCAUCGUCACAUUUCUCCAUGAAUUUGUAUGCAUUGCGAUACAAUAGAAACCUACCUACCACACCAAUGCCAAAAGAUUUCUCAAUUCCAUCCUCGUUCAAAGGUUUGGGAUUUUGACUUUUGGGUUUUGGAAAGAUUGCUGCCGUAACUAUCAAGUAAUCAUAACGGGUCUUCCCUUUGGCAAGCUCAUCGACCAGGCGUUGGGUCGAGGCCACGGUUCCAAUGUCACCUUGCAAGAAGUCGAUUUUUGUGCUGUUAGAAAACUCGUUUGACAGCUCGUUCUCUAUGCUAGAAACUGCCUUGUCUCCACUCGCUAUACUGCGUCCUACUAUGGUCACCUUUGCUGACCCUGACUUCGCCAGAGCUAGAGCAGUCCCAUAUCCUACACCUCUCGUUCCUCCAACGACCAACGCGGAUUUUCCUGCGACAAUACCUAGCGCCGCGAUCUCAUCGGAGGACGGGGCUCCCAUUUCUUGGAUGAGCUGCCCAAGUUUCUCGUCGGGUGGAUUCAUUUGGAGUUUCAUAAUGGCGGUCAUGAGCGUCGGAAUUGACCGAUACGCCAAGUAUGCGGUUCCCGUGCCAAGGGCGGCAACUGUUCCAAUGGUUCUUGCGCUGCUAUUCAUGAUUAAGCUACUCGCCGCCUUCUCUCAACUUUUUAACUGAAAUACUCGGUACGAUAGGUCCUUGAUUUAUUUCGUGAUGCAUUAGUUUCCGUAUCGUAUUUGUCUUGCUAGUUCUAAAGGAGAUAUGGGACGGGAAUCUUCGGAGAAAAAUUUCUGUUCUAUUAUUUCCGUCGUAAUCACUGUGUGAUGCUUUUUGGUAGGGUUCCCGCUUCGGGUAAUAUCCUGAGUUGUACAGUAAUUGUUGUACAGAAGUCGUAGGUACAUACAGUACUGUAACUACAAGGGUAAAGGCUAAAAAAUAAAAAAGUCAUUGUACGCUGUCAUUACCGCUUUUUCAUCCGUUACACAACAAACUCUAAAACAGUAACAAAAAGAAGACCAUCUGCUACAGGUGAGUACAUUCCGGUGUCGUACCGUACCGUACGUAAAGCAGGUUGAAAAUGUGAAAACAUCUCAAUUUUUGCGUUCGAAGUUUCUUCUCCAUUUCUUAGUGCGCUCGUUUCUUCAGUCCCGGUAAUAAAUCCGAGUUUUGAGUCUCGAGUUACGGUGCGAAUCAUCGGCACAGGCACAAACUCAGCGUUAGAUUAUCAAGUUACGUCAUCAGAAACAUCCUGUCAGACAUCAAUGAACUCAUGGGGAAAACCGAACCGCUGCAUGAGUCGGUUUUAGUUCCGAUUUAGGAUUGAGUUUGGGAUUUCCACCCUUUCAUUGAUUCAUUGAUCAGUUUGUCAAGUUGGAAAGAACAAGUUAUUACGCGAACCAUGAAAUUGUCAAUCCCAACCAUCUUUGUGGUAGCACUAUUUACCAAGGACUGCGAUUGUUUCAGCACGAGUGGCAAAGCCAGAAACACCGCUGUAUUUUUGCCGGCUGCGAACUCAGAACAUGCGGAAAACGAUGAAAAUGGAGGUGUCGUUUCCAGACGAUCUGCUGUAGCUGCCGUUUUCUACUCGGCUUCGGCAAGCUUAGUGGCAGCACCCAUGGUCUCUUUCGCCGAAACUUCCCUCGAUUUUUCUUUGCCUACUUACGACACAAAAAUGAGCGGGUUCGGAGAAGGAAGCGAGUCUUACGUCAAGAAAGGCAAAAUCGCCACUCUAGGUGAAUCCGGGGACGCCAUGAUGACUGAUCCGGGAUCCGACGAGAAGGAAAAACAAGCCGCUGCGAUGAGGAAGGCAGAAGAGGCACGAAAAGCAGCUCUGGCGAAGAAGCUUGCGGAGCGAAAGGCUUUAGAGGAGGAAGCCAAACGACGUGCCAUUGAAAAGAAGGCACGUGACAAGGAGCGUAUGAAGAAAAUGUGGAGCUCGGAUUUUUCGGAAUAAACGAAAGAAUGAAUUAACGUUUCUCCUUUCAUAAAUGGGGAAAUCUAGGGGAUGUGGCACGUACACCGCAUCGCAUGAUGCAAAUAGAAAGCGAUGCUUGCUGCUCUGACAAACUCCUGUUCGACAGCUAACAUGACAUGAUCUUGAUGAAUAAUACUAAUGCUACCAAAUUACCGAAUACUAAUGCUACCAAAUUACCGAAGUACUCAAAAAUUAAAAAUGUGUUGUACUAUUAUCACUGUAAAAAUGAAUGGCCAAAGGAUCGCCAAAUUUUAAUAUCACUCUCAACAUAAUCAUUACAACUUCUUUGAGGAAACACAAGUAGUCAUCUACUUGGAUUAAUUGGAGGGCUAUCCGGCAUAAAUUUAAAUACUGUCA